CUGAAAGUAUGCAUUCAAUGUGGGCGGAAGCAAAGGAAUGGGAAGAAUGAGAAGGCAUACAUACCUGCCAAGGAUAGAGAAAAUUGUUUUAGAUGCAACACCUGCGCCACAAGAUGGUCGCGUCAGCAUAAGAAAGAAGUUUCCGUUGCGAAGGGCGCAAAAGGAGACAAGGACGUGCAGGGCGGGAAGUCGUAUCCAUACCAUUGCGGCGUCUGCGGCCAAGGGUUCGCAUGGAGAACGUCGCGGGACCGACACGCCAGAGUGCGCCACGCGGAGGUGCCCAAACUCCACUAUUGCGACCUCUGCGGGAGGGUCUACCGCUGGAAGGUGAGCGCCCGUCGGCACCAGCUCAACGAAUGCGCCCAGGCCCUCGACAAGCGCCAGUUCACCUGCACCCUCUGCCCCUUCGUCACCAAACAGAAGAGCUCCCUCAAAGACCAUAUCCUAAACGUCCAUAACGAGUGAUGUACCCAGAGACAAGAGACCCUCCAUUAGUAUAUUGGCCAUGGUGGAAGCUUUCACUUUCGGGACUUCAGCAUU